CUGUGUCACGGCCGCGGUCUCUGCUUCCGCCGAGGCCCGUGAGGGGAGCCGCCCGCCGCCAUGGAGUACCUCAUCGGCAUCCAGGGGCCCGACUACGUGUUGGUGGCCUCCGACAGGGUGGCCGCCAGCAGCAUCGUCCAGAUGAAGGACGAUCACGACAAGAUGUUUAAGAUGAGUGAAAAGAUCUUACUCCUGUGUGUGGGAGAGGCCGGAGACACGGUGCAGUUUGCUGAAUACAUUCAGAAAAAUGUCCAGCUCUACAAAAUGAGGAACGGGUAUGAGCUGUCUCCCACGGCCGCGGCCAACUUCACCCGUCGAAACCUGGCCGACUACCUCCGGAGUCGGACCCCAUACCAUGUGAACCUUCUCCUAGCCGGCUAUGACGAGCACGAGGGCCCGGCACUUUACUACAUGGACUACCUGGCGGCCUUGGCGAAGGCUCCGUUCGCGGCCCAUGGCUAUGGCGCCUUCCUGACCCUCAGCAUCCUGGACCGGUAUUACAAGCCAAGUAUCACACGCGAGGAGGCCAUCAAGCUCCUGAAGAAAUGUCUGGCGGAGCUGAAGAAACGCUUCAUCCUGAACCUGCCUUCUUUCACCGUGCGGAUCAUCGACAAAGAUGGCAUCCAUGACAUGGAGACCAUCCCACUGUCCAAAGAGAGUUCUUAGCCCUGCCUUUUCCCUUCCUCCUCCCCCUCCAGCCCAUUCCCAUCCGACUUCCUCCAUCGGAUCCCAUAGUUUUCUACCGUUUUGAAGAACCCAGUUUGAUGACUCGGAAAUGGAUUAUUCCAAUAAAGACAGGUAUAUUGAAAUGU